AUGACAGCAACGCAACAGCUGCCAACAUCAUCGACGCAACAAACAACAACAUUAGAUAAAACUUCGAAUGUUUCUACGAUAAGUCCUAGUAAUAUUAAUUUACCUAUAAAUACCGCUACUACUGCAACAUGUGAUACAGUAAUAAAACCACACAAAAAUGUAGUAGUGUCAUCGUCGUCGUCGUCGUCAUUGUUGUCCCAAACAUCCGCAUUAGCUAAAUUUAAUAGAAUUAUCGAUAAUACAAUGCCCGCAACAAAUUAUUACUCUAGAAACAAACAACAACAAAGUAGUAACCAAAAACAUCAAUUCCAACAACAACAACAACAACAAAAACAGGCAAAUGUAUUAAAUAAUACUAGAAAAGAAAUUAAUUCCAAAACAACAACACCAACAAACGCAGAUAAUAAUUAUUAUACGAGUAACAAUUGGUAUAAUAAUUAUUAUUCUACAACAAACGAUAAUCAAACCAAACGAAAUGAUGUGCAUUAUUUGUUGAAACAAUUAAAUAGUUUUAGUGAUAUAGAAGAAAUAGAAAUUGUUGAUUUGCAUCGUAGUAGUAAUUAUCAUUCGCAAGCGCAUUCGCAUUCGCAAAAGAGGAAAUCCGUUAAAUCGUCAACAGUGACGGCAUCUUCGGUCGCAACUCCGACAUCGUCAAUGUCGAACAAAUCAUCGCCAACAUCGGUAUCACAUAAGAUUCGCUACUCGGAUUGGGGCGAAGGCGUCGAUGUGAGCAUGGGUGAAAUGGACGGUUACGGUGAGGCGAGUGGAGACGAUAAUACUCUCCUACCGCAACAGUAUGAUGAUUACAUAUUUCAAUCCUGCCAUUAUUUGGAAACCAGUUGCUUUGCAACAACCAUUACCACUGCCAUCGCUGGGAGCAGUAGUCAUGAGUUUCGGCCUUCAACGUCUACCACAUCGGCGGCCUCAACGAGUUCGAAUAAUAAACUCAAGAGUCCUAUAGCUGCAACGGAAGUAGUUACGAAGCCACCAUCACCAUCAACAAAGAGUGUCAACACUACCAACCUUCUUACAUCGCCAAAAUCAACAACAACGACAACGGCAAUGGCAACGGCAACAACCUAUCGCACCACCAGCCGUCUUACUGGCAACGAAGUCAUUCAAACCCAACUAUCCACUUCGUCACAAUCGUCUUCUUCUUUGGCUAAAAAUGGGGGCGGUGGUGGCUGUAGUGGAAGCAGCAGCAACGGAAGCGAUGAACGCCGGGCGCCAUUUUUCAAAUGUUGUUAUACGCCGAUUGAUCGAUGGCGAGAAAAACGCCAUGUAGCUGCUGCCAGUAGUAGCAGUCAAGCUGCAAGUGCAAUUGGCGUUAGUGGAAGUGGAAGUGGCAGUGGCAGUGGCAAACGCUCAACACACAAUGGUGCCGGAAAAACUCCUACUAGCCAACAAAAUCCAAGGACUGGUCUUGGCGAUUCUGUUUGACAUACGACGAUAAAACAAUAACACUCUAGCGAAAGUAAUUUAAAAUUGAAUUAUUUUUAAUAAAACAAAUUUAAAUAAAAAAUAAAAAACAAAACAACAAAUUAAACAAAAACACACAACGUCGUGUUAAGACAAAGUAGAAUUUAUAAUUUUUUGUAUAUUUUUUUAAUUUUCAUCUUGUGUGUUAUUUUUAAAAAUGAAUAAAUAAUGCAAUGAAAGUUUGGAAACUUGGGUACUUUUGUAAUUAAUAAAAAUAAAAAUAUAUAAUAAAACAUUUGUAGGAAAAAAUUAAAAAAAAAAAAAAAACAAUAAAUUCAAAACCACAUACUUUUAAGAAAAAUGCAAUUUCAUAAUUUCAAAUAAUAAAAUCUACAAAACAAAAAUUCAAAUUCAUUUCUAGAAAAAACUAAAAAGAGUGCUUAUUAGAAAAGAAAAUUACAAAAUUGUAUGUAAUAUGCAAACAAAAAAACAGCUUGGAAAGCUUUCAAAUUAUUAAUAGUUUCUUUUUUUUUUAUGAAUUCUUAUCUAUUUUUUAAAGCACACAAUGCCACACAGCAUAGAGGAACGAAAAAUCAAAGAGAAAAAUUGUUUUUAAAACAUUGUUAAAUUUAAACUUGGAAUAUUAUAUUAAUAUACAUUAUUGGUUAAUUAUUAUUAUUUCUUCUUUUAUUAUUCUUAUUUAGAGAUACCAUUAUGUCAUUCUUUAUUCUGAGUUGCAUUUAGUUUGUUAAUAUAAAUAUUUCUAGUUUUUGGGGAAAUAAAUGGGUUACGCACAGUUAAAA